UUGUCUGCCUACAUAGAGGCAGGAGUCAGCACUGGGAGAAGUCAAACUCAUUCUGCACAAUGAAGAAGCAGCAUAAGACGGAGGCAGCACCACAGUGUGAGCUAAAAUCUUGUUCCAAGAACACCAUGGUGUGGGGUACUGAACAGAAGAUGCCAGAUGAUGAUACUUCUGAAGACCAUGGGGACUUUAUCAGCGGUGGUGCCAUCAACCCUGCCUACAGUAACUCCUCUCUUCGGCAGUCCACCGGGCACUCAGAGGAGCCCUUCACCACCUACUUUGAUGAGAAGAUCACCAUUCCCGAGGAGGAGUACUCUUGUUUUAGCUUUCGGAAACUCUGGGCUUUCACGGGACCAGGCUUUCUUAUGAGCAUUGCCUACCUGGAUCCAGGAAACAUUGAAUCUGAUUUGCAGUCUGGUGCAGUGGCUGGGUUUAAGUUGCUCUGGGUUCUUCUGUUGGCCACCAUCGUGGGGCUCUUGCUCCAGCGCCUUGCAGCUAGACUAGGAGUGGUCACUGGGCUGCAUCUUGCUGAAGUGUGUCACCGUCAGUAUCCCAAGGUCCCACGAAUUAUCCUAUGGCUGAUGGUGGAGUUGGCUAUCAUUGGCUCAGAUAUGCAGGAAGUUAUUGGUUCAGCCAUUGCCAUCAAUCUCCUGACUGUAGGACGGGUUCCUCUGUGGGGUGGCGUUCUCAUCACCAUUGUAGAUACCUUUGUAUUUCUCUUUUUGGACAAAUAUGGCUUGCGGAAGCUAGAGGCAUUUUUUGGCUUUCUCAUCACUAUUAUGGCCCUCACAUUUGGAUAUGAGUAUGUUACAGUGAGACCCAACCAGAUCGAGGUACUCAAGGGCAUGUUCCUGCCAUCCUGUUCAGGCUGUGGCACCCCACAGAUCCAGCAGGCUGUGGGCAUCGUGGGAGCUGUCAUCAUGCCACACAACAUGUACCUGCAUUCUGCCUUAGUCAAGUCCAGACAGGUAAACCGAGCCAAGAAGCAGGAAGUUCGAGAAGCUAAUAAGUACUUUUUCAUUGAAUCCUGCAUUGCCCUGUUUGUUUCCUUCAUCAUCAAUGUCUUUGUCGUCUCUGUCUUUGCUGAAGCAUUUUUUGGGAAAACCAACCAGCAGGUGAUUGAAGUCUGUAGAAAUAGCAGCAGCCCCCAUGCAGGCAUUUUUCCUGAGGAUAACUCAACAUUGGCUGUGGACAUCUACAAAGGGGUAAGCCUAUUCAGAUUUGUGUUCUUUGACCCGAAUCAAUGUUCUUGGCAUAGUAUCUGGUCUUUUCUCUCUGUUAGUUCAGAGCUUCCCUUUGCACUCAUACCCAUCCUCACGUUCACAAGCUUGCGGCCGAUAAUGAGUGACUUUGCCAAUGGAAUAGGCUGGAGGAUCGCAGGCGGGAUCUUGGUCCUUAUCAUCUGCUCCAUCAACAUGUACUUUGUCGUGGUUUAUGUCCAAGAACUAGGGCACAUGAUAUUGUAUGUGGUGGCUGCGGUGGUCAGUGUGGCUUAUCUGAGCUUUGUGUUCUACUUGAUUUGGCAAUGUUUGAUUGCAUUGGGCAUGUCCUUCCUGGAUUGUGGGCGCACGGUAAGCAUCGCUACAGUCCUGAAGGAAGACACCACCGGUGACUAUGUUAAGUAAACACUGGAUCAGCCUGUCUGGUCCAGGUAGCCAUCAGAGCCAGUGUGUUUCUAUGGUUUACUGUGUGAACAUAGCCCAAAGUAUGUGCUGUUGCACAGACUGCAUUUAGGACUCAAGUGUUGGGUGGGAAGGACUUUUUGCAUCUGUUUGAAACACGGAAUUUUUUUUCUUUCUGACCUCCUACCCUGGGAACUGGAUUAGGUAGGAUCUUUGAAAAGCUGACAGUUUGCUGCUAUCAUUCAUUCCAACACUAAACUCUUCAGGAGCUGCCCAAGGGCCAGCUUGUUUUAUCCGUUUGAGAGAAAUCUCUGUGCAUGAUUCUUAACCAGGAUAGAUGUUUAAAAAAAAAAAAAAAUUAAAAUGCAACAGAUUUUU